CAACGGGGGCGCGGCAACGUCACGGCAGCCGGUUCUCAACGCAGCUGCCCACUGUAGAGCCGCUGUGUGUACCUUCCGGCACCUGCGGGCUGGAGGGAGCGCUUUCCACAGCCGUGUCCGAACGUUCUUCGUCUGUCCUUAUCCGCUUUAUCCUGCCUCAAGUCGCGGAGAGCAGCCUCCCGCCGCGACCCACCUCUGAGGCCCGGGCCAGAAGCUAGAGGCGGUCUGUCCGGUUCCCGCUGGUCCUCGACCCCCGUGCCCGUGGAGCCAGCCAGCCGCCCGCGGCCUCGGCGGGACGAUGCUGGAGUCCAUUCGCGUGACGGAAAAGCUUCACUGGCCUGAGCAAGAACUCGCUAAGAAGUCUGUUCUAAAUGCAGAAGAGUCAUUGAUCAUUGACAGCAAAAGAAGCAUUUCACAUUUAUCUUCUGGGAUACUAAAGGACAUUUUCACAACUGGAACCAGUAGUUACAAUGUCCUACUACAGAGCAAAGAGGAGAAAAAGCAUCAUUCACAAAAACAGUCUUCCUCUACGUACUCCAAAAGAUGUAGAAAACCCAGCAAAUCUCCUAGUUCUUCUCGUAGUAAAGAUCUUCGCAAGAUGAAAGCCCCGGUGUCUAUGAUGAGCAGUGGUACUUGGUAUUGCCUAGAAAGGCAGCCUGGUGUCUUUGUCACUAGUUCAGUGUCGAGUCCUCUAAAGUUUACACAUGAUAUCUCUGUUACAGGGAGCAGCAUAGUACUGCCACCUAAACCCAAAAACAAAGUAAAGCGACGCCAUUUCUCUGCUCUGCCAAAGCCAAAGCUGCAGCCUCAGUUGUCUAGAAGUUUUGAAAAAGGAGAUGACUUUUCUGGGAAGAAAUUUUGUAUACUGACUGCUAUAAAGCCCACCAACUUGGAGAAAGAGAAACUGAGAUUCUUCAAAUCUGAUUAUACCUACAAUCCUCAGUUUGAAUAUGCAAACCCAUCUCUGCCAAGUGUGUUAGCCAAACACAGCAAUGCAUCAGACCGAUUUCUUAAACAGUCCAUCAAUAUUAUGGAACUGACUUUACAGAAAUAUGGAAGUUAUGAAAAGUUUGAGCAGGCCACUGGUGGCAGCCUGCUAUCUAAAACUCGAAUCUGGAGUCAUGUUCGGAAGUACAUGAUGAAAGAAGGCUGCCUGGGUGAGAUUGUAGUUCAUCUCACUGAAGAUCUGCUUUCCCGAGCUUCAAUGACCGUGGUAAAUGGGUGCCCAACACUGACCAUUAAUGUUUCCACAGCACGUGAGCACUGGCUGGAGGGAAUGCUGAGGCAUGAAAUAGGCACACAUUAUUUUCGAGGUAUUAACAACCUUCAGCAGCCAUGGAACAGUUGGACUGGCCGUAAAAAACAUGAGCUAAAGCCAAACAAUCCCACAGAGGAAGGACUGGCAAGUAUUCACAGCGUCCUUUUUAGAAAAGACCCCUUUUUAUGGAGGGCGGCCCUCCUCUACUACACUGUUUAUCGAGCCAGCCAAAUGUCUUUUUGCGAACUCUUCAAAGAUAUUGGAAAGUUUGUCAAGGACCCCAAUACCAGAUGGGAUUAUUGUGUACGAGCCAAGAGGGGAUGGACUGAUACUUCUCAACCAGGCUGCUUUAGUAAAGACCAGGUAUACUUGGAUGGGAUCCUGCAAAUUCUCCGGUACAGAGAGACCAUUGACUUUCAUCUACUGACUGCCCUGGGCAAGGUCUCUUAUGAAGAUGUGGAUCGCUUGAAAGGAUUGGCAGUUAUUGAAAACAUGAGGGUCCCUCAUUUCCUGCAGGACCAUGGCCGAUACAUGGAACAUUUAGAGAAAAUUAUGGAAGUGAAUGAACUGACCGACAGGGAACUGAAAGAUCUUAUAUAUUAAUCAGCAUUCUUACAGAUGUAGCUAACCUAUUAACCAAUUAGGUGCAGUUAGCACCAGCUUAUUUAUAAAAACAAUAACUGUUUACAUGACUUUUCUGUAGAAUGAUCUGCAGUAUUCAGCUGAAUUUUUAAAAGUUAAGUACAAACCUUAAACUGUUUCCUUAACAUGUUUCUAUAGGCUGCAGGGGAAAGUUCCUCCUAUUUUUAUCUGAAUCUCAACAGAGUCCAACGAAAAUACUACUGGUGAGUUUUUCGGUUUUGUUUUUUUUUUUGAAGAAUCUUGGUCAAAUUGAGUGAUAGGCUGUCUGGGCAGUGAGCAUUGCUCCUUGGUGCUUCUGCCUGAGCACCAAGACUAGCCCUGACUAUAGAGAUAGAACACUGGAAUUCAGACUCCCAAGAUUAUAUUUUAUUUUAUAAAUAAUGGUAAUUCUCCUUUGAAAAGUUAGUUCUGUUAUGCUCCCCAAACGUAGCUGUAUUUAAGACUUUUUAUUUCUCUUAGAUGUUAAGUAAUGUUAAAGAGAGAGGGAAAGUAGUUU